AUGAAGUUAAUAAUUUUAAUAAUAUUAAAUAUUUCUUUACAAAAUUAUUCUUGUAAUAUUAAUUCUAAAAAUAAUCCUCAACAAACUAUAAAUCCACUAGAAUCAACAAACUUACAAGAAUCAACAAAUAUACAUGAAACUACUACUAAAUUUAGAAAUACUAAAAAUGUAGAAACAUUAGAAAAUGUAGAAAAUUCCGAAAAUAUGGAACAAUCAGAAAAAUUGGAUGAAAUUGAAUUUGAUGAGAAAUUAGUAUUAAAUAUAUUAAAACGUAGACCUAAAGGAUUUGAAGUAAUUAGACAGAAUUAUUAUGGUAUAGAUAUAUUAGUUUUUAUACCAUAUGGUAUUAUUACUGAAAUUAUUGAUUCCAAUGGUAUUAUAUGGAAAAAUUAUAAUAAUAUUAAAUAUAUUAAAGUUACUACUUUUAAACAUAAUUCUAAAUUAUUACAUAUACAAUUUUUUAAUUCUCCCGUUACGGUGCUUGGUCAAACGGAUAGUAAUGGACCUAAGGUUAGUAGUAGUAAGGGUAUUAGUAGUACUACAGGUACUGUUGGAGCAAGCACCGUAACGGAGGGAAAGGGAGCUAAUGACACUUUUAGUACUCCGGGAAAGGGAGCUAAUUCUACCCUUAUGGAGUGUACCCCUGGAAAGGGAGCUAAUUUUACCCUUAUGGAGUGUACCUCGGGAAAGGGAGCUAAUUCUACAGCCACGGAGUGUACUUCGCGAAAGGGAGCAAAUUCUAUGCCUAUGGAGUGUACUCCUGGAAAGGGAGCUAAUUCUAUGCCUAUGGAGUGUACUAUAGGUAAUAGUACUGAGGGCUCUAAGGGAGCUAUAGGUACUAGGUUCGAAUCCCAGUCCAGUAAUACUACUGGCCGUGAACCAGACACCGUAACGGAGGUAACGGAAAUAUAUUAUCAUCGUAAUGGACGUGUAUGGAAUGAAAUAGAUGAAGAGAAUUUUUAUAAUAUAUUUAAUAUAAUACGUAUGGAAUCAUCUUGUUUAGGAAAAUAUACAAUAUAUUUAAAUGAUAAAAAUUCACAUCGUAAUGUGAUAUGGAAUCAUUCAGAUGAACGUUAUGCAACAUAUGCACCAGCAUCUGGUAUAAGAAUUAAUAAAUUAUGUGAUUACAAUUGGGGUCCAAUAUGUCUAAAAUCCAUUUGGCGUACGAAAAAAAAUGAAUAUCUACUCUAUACAUCUGUUUUUAAUAAAAUUAAACCUAAAUUAGUUUAUAUUAUUUUAUCUAAUGGGAUUGAUAUUACUGAGGAAUAUUAUUUUAAAUAUAAUUCCAAAUGGUAUCAAAUUAAUCGUAAUACUUUUUUUAAUAAAUUAUAUACAUAUUUUCCCGUUACGGUGACUGGUCCACCAGAAAGUAGUACUCAGGAUAGUACAGUUAUACCUAGUACCAGUACUAAUGGUGGUACCAUUGGAGCAAGCACCGUUACGGAAGAAAAUUCUACUACUAAAAUUGCUGCACCUAAAGUAGGUACUACAGUACUUACUGAACCCUUAGGUACUUCAACUACUAAUAGUACUGGAAAGGGAGCUAAUGACACUUUUGGUAGUCCUGGAAAGGGAGCUAAUUCUACCCUUAUGGAAUGUACUAGUGAGAAAAAUAGUACCGAAAUUGCUGCACCUAAAGUAGGUAUUGGACCGUUUGGUACUAGGUUCGAAACCCAGUUCAGUAAUACUAAUACUAUUCGUGGACCAGACACCGUAAUGGAAAAAUUAAAUAAAUUAAUGGAAAUAGAAAUAGAUUUUGAAAAUAUAAAUAAAGAGAAAUUAUAUACAAGUACAUUUGGUAUAAAUAGAACAAUACAAAUAAUAUAUCCAAGACCAGGUAUAAAAAUAAUAAGUGUAAGAAAUGGUAAAUCAAUAAUAUGGAAAUCAAAUUUUAAUUUAUAUUGUGAUUAUGCAUAUUUAAUAAAAACACCAGAAUUACCAAUUUUAUGUUAUUUAUUAUUAUCUAAUAAUUUUACAAGAAAAAUUAAUUAUUUUAUUUAUUUAAAUUAUUGGAUUAAUAUUAAUAAAUCACAAUUUUUUUAUUUUAUUACACAUAAUAUUUCUACAUCACAAAUACUCAAAAUUAUAUCCAAUAAUACUAAAAAUACUAAUAAUAUAGAAGAUUCCAUAGAAGAUACUGAGAAUGAGGAAGAUUCCAUAGAAGAUUCCAGAGAUAAGGAUAUUAAUGUGGAAUCUACUGUAAAAGAGGAUAUUAGUGUGGAAUCUAAGGUAAAUACGGAUAGUAUUUUGGAAUCUACUGUAAAUUAUGAGAAUGAGGAAGAUUCUAUAGAAUCUGAGGAUGAGUUAUUUACUGUAAAAGAAAUUCCUAUAGAAUCUGCUAAAGAAGGGGAGAUUACUAUAGAAUCUGAGAAUGAGAAUACUGAAGUAAAUUCUACUAAGGAUACUACUGGAAAGGGAGCUAAUGACACUUUUGGUACCUCGGGAAAGGGAGCUAAUUCUAUGGGUAUGGAGUGUACCACCGGAAAGGGAGCUAAUUCUACAGCCAUGGAGUGUACUAGUGAGAAAAAUUCUAAUGAAAUUGCUGUUGUAACUAAAACUGGGGAGUCGAGUACUUUUUCUGAGGAAAGUAAAGAUACUAUGGAUACUAAUACUAAUACUAAGGAAACCCCUAUCAGGGCUGAGGGAGAGGAUACUAAUACUAAGGAAGCCCCUAUCAGGGCUGGUACUAGGGAUACUAAGGGAGUUGAUGAGGAAACUGGUACCGUUGGAGCAAGCACCGUACCGGAAAUAGAAACAAGUAAUUUUAUAAAUAAAAAAGGAUUAAAAAUAAGAAUAUAUAGAAGUAGAAUAAAAGAAUCCAAAGGUAUAAUAAUAUUAACACAUGGUAUAGGAUUACAUUUUAUAGAAGUAUCCAUGAGAAAUAAUUUAGAAUGGAAUUAUGAAAAUUUCGGAUUUAUUACACAUCCAUUUCUAAUCUGUCCUAAUUUAAAUUAUUAUAAUUUAAAUAAUUUAAAUAUUAAUCGAUUUAAACAUAUUUUUCAACAUAACUUUUUUUCUUCCAAUAUAUCUACCAAUCUGUCACCAAAUAUAUUAUCAACUACUAAUAUAUCAUCAACUACUAAUAAAUCAGAGAAUAUAUCAGAAAAUUCUAAAAAAUCUAAUAAAUCAGAGAAUUUAACAAAUUUAUCAACAAAUAAAUCAAAUAUAUCAGAAAAAUCUAAUUUAUUACCAAAUUAUGAAUAUAAAAAUAGUUUAAUGGAAUUAUUGAAUAAUUUAGGAUAUGAUGUUUAUGGUAUGGAUUUACAAUCAAAUGGAUUUUCUGAAAGUUAUGAUUCUAUAAGAUCACAUAUACAUAAUACAAAUGAUUUUCUUGAUGAUUUAUUACAAUUCAUUUUUAUUAUUAUAAAUAAUCAAUUUUAUUCAAAUAAUAAUAAUUUAAAUAAUAAUAAAUUUAAUUUAAAUAAAUUUGAAAAUUUAAAUAAUUUUGUAAAUUUAAUAAAUUGGAAAAAGAAAAAACGUAUAAUAUUAUUUGGUUUUUCAUUUGGUGCUAAUUUAUCUAUACGUAUUAUACAAUAUUAUUAUCAAUCUAUUUAUAAAAUGAAGAAGAAAUAUAAGAAAUUUGGGUUAAAUAAGAGAUUUGGGUUAAAUAAGAAAAUUAAGGAGAAAAUUGGUAAAUUUGAGGAAAAUAAGAAAAUUAAGGAGAAAAAUGAGGAAUUGGAUAAUAUAUUUGUAGAAGAUUUAUUAGUGGAUGGUGUAAUAUCAUUAUCAGGAAUGUUAAAUAUGGAUAAUCAUUUAGGUACAAGAUUUAUAAAAUUGAAAAUAUUAUUAAUAAAAUUCUUGGCAUUAAUUUGUCCUAGAAAUAUUAAUAAAUUUAAAUCAUUACCUGUUUUCAAUCAAUCAUAUCAAUAUUCUAUAUUACUCAAUGUAAGAAGUUACGGUGCUUGCUACAGCAGCUCCCAAUCCACUACUAAACCUCUAGUUAUUCUAAUUACAAUAGUUCUUAAAUAG